GAUUCCUCUCCCACAGCAGCGUAACAGCACAUGCGAGAGACGAAUAAGCCGUUGGUGAUACAUGCUGCCACAUAGACGCCCAGCGCGAGCGCACCUCAUGCAGAAUGGCUAAACUCGCCACUGCAAUAUUAUCUCAACAUUGAGCCGUAAAGACAAGAGCAUUCCAGAAACAUGACAGCAAAGAAAGCCAAGUUACGGGCAGAAUGGGUCGGAUAGCUGAAGGACAUAAUAAAGAAGAAAGACACACAGAAUUUGGCGGUUGCGAAAAACAUGCAGCUGCCAAUAUGCUUCCUCCGAAUAGGGCUGAGUGUGCUUAUGGGGGAGGGGAAAGCGGCGACGCUUGCUGACUUGGUUUACUUUCUACUUACGGCGGGCUCAGAUGCGAAGGGUAGAAUCAUUACAGCGGCCAUAAAUGCAGGGUCCGACAGCGCAACAGCGGCGAUGAGUGUGGAAGUUCUGCUUGGCAUUUACGGGAGGGAGUUUGAAGGAGCCGCUGCUGGAGAACCAGCGACAGUGAUUGAACGCACAACGGAGCCUAUCCUUGGGUUGAAAUGCGCUUUCCCAGAAUGCGCUGCGGGUCCCAAGAAGACGGUGUGCCAAUCGGGACGUGUGUUCCAAUGGGGGGGUGUCCGCAGGGGGGAGACAUUCGCCGACCAGCAUGAAAAUGGAAUGGACGCACACCAGGCAACUAUCGAGGGCAGCGCGGCCACUCCCGAGGGGACUGGAGAGAUGCAUGACGUUUGUACUAGAUGUGGAGCCGGACAUGAACGAGCUCACAGGACAGGUGGAGAUUGUCAUGCACGGCUGUGAGGCAGAGUCAGAUCCCCCACCACCAGGGAGGCCUCAAUAAAGCCACGGGGGCAGUCAAGACACGGCGCAUCCAACUGGGUAAGUGAAUUAGAAGCAUGGGGGAUUGGGCUUUUUGGGGAUAAGGGGAGCAUCAUCUUGAAGGCAAGCAGUGAUAGCCAUUGUAAGUGAGCCCAGCACAACACACAUGGGCUAGGGAGAGGUGGCGUGAAGUAGUACAUAUGUCAUUGCUGUGCACCCAUUGCAGCACUCUGGUUGGAAUGCCAGUACCUGGAAGGGCGAUGGCGGCUGGCCAAUCCGACCGCUGUGGUCAAGUUUGCAGAGUGUCCUUGGCUUGCUCGACCCAUUGCAUCUGUUGACAUUCCUGAUGCUCCUAUCGAUGAAGUGUACCGGUGCCAAGUCAUGCAACGGUUGGAUGUGGUUGCAGUGGGCAUGGCUGGGGAUGCUUUGGGUUUGUGACGCAUGUGGGAAAACCCAUCCUUUCUGGAGCAUAGAUCGUCGGCAAGGGGGGAGUACCACUACUAAGCCGCGAAGGAAGUGUAUGACGAUCAUGCAGCGCUUCAUGGCAGCAUUUGCCUUGGCGGGUGGAGGUUUCCAGUUGAUGUUUGAGGUAGGAAGAAGCCUUGGGAUAUCAAUUCCUUGUAAAACAACGUUCUACAACUACAUGAAAGGGGUAGGAGGCUUAUGGGAGACCAUAAUCAAGCAUGCAAACAGGAGCAUGGAAUGUGUGCGGAGGGGGAUGGAGAGCGAAAAGGAGAGGCGAUCCCUACCAGGGCAUUGGGUGUGCGUUGAUGGUUGAUGGGGUCAACUGAGGGAGGCAGAGUGGUGUAGUGUGACUUUCCUCGAUCCACUGGCAAGAAAAGUUCUGCACUAUAUCACUGUGUCGAACAGCCCUAGAGGGGGUGGCAUUUAGGCGAGGGCUUGAGGAUCUCAAACAGUGGGGUUUCAGGGUAAAGGGGAUAAUAACAAACGAGGGAGGGACUUUCAAGGCAGCUAUUGUUGGGGAGGAGAUCGAACAUCAGCAAGGUGUAUGGCACAAAGGAAGAACCCUCUCCAAAAAGCUUGUCAAAUAUAUGGUCGACGCAAGGAAGGUCGGGAAGCGGGUUUCAGAAGCAGCCACUAUUGAGGACUUAUGGGAUGUCCCUCCAGUUCACCCCCGUGCUUGGCUCCGUGUGAAAUUAGGGGAGAAACUACUUGGGAUAAAAAAAAGGGCCACCAAGAAAGAGCUGAUCCAAGUAGUGUGCAAGGCACAAGGGAUGGCCUUCAAGAAUUUGAAUGACUCUGCAACGCCAUUUUUGUAUCCAGAGAUGAGGAAGGUGACGCUGGUGCGUCAACGCACACAACGUGCGUCACGAAGAGGAACCUGGGGUGUCAUAGUCCAUGUUCCUGUGAUAGAGGCAGGCUCGGAUGCGACGAGGGAGGGGCAGACAACCAAUGUGGA